AUGGCUUUAGUUGAACUGAUGGAAAUUCCAGAUGGGACAGCGAACAAUCGUGCUCUUACAGAUAAUAUUCUUGUUCUUUUUGUAUGUAUUCUUAAUCAAAUUCCUAUUAUACUAUGUGGCAAACCAGGUUCAAGCAAAACAUUAGCUGUACAAAUUUUGAUUACCAGCUUGAAAGGAAAACAAUCAAAUAAGGAAUUUUUUCAAAACUUUCCUGAAUUAAUUCAUGUUUCUUAUCAAGGCUCACAAAAUUGCACUUCAGAAAGUGUCAAUCAAGUUUUUGCACGAGCCGACCAAUACAUUGCAGGAAAGAAUGAAAUAAAAUUAUUACCGGUCAUUGUUUUUGACGAAAUAGGUCUUGCUGAAUUGUCUCCGUACAAUCCAUUAAAAGUUUUACAUAAUGAACUUGAAAUAGAACAUUGCCGAUAUGGAUUUGUUGGCUUAUCGAAUUGGCGUUUAGAUGCGGGAAAAAUGAGUCGUGCCAUUUAUUUGUCAUGUCCCGAUCCUGACUUCGAGAUUUAA